AUGAAUAAUGAAAGGGUAACCUACGCGGAGCUGAACCAGCAGAAGGAUUCAAAGAGGCAGCAAAGGAAACCAAAGUACUCCAAAAGCGCUGUCACAGAAACCACGCCGGAAAUAACCUACACAGAGUUUAAUCUUCAAAAUGUAUCUCAGGAUCCUCAAGGGAAUAAGCAGUACCACUGCAGAGGUUUCUUAUCUCCGCCGGAGAAGCUGAUUGCUGGGAUCUUGGGAUUCCUCUGUCUUGUUAUGGUGGUAAUAGUGACCACGGCUAUUCCCUCUUCUGAAAUGCAGCAGUCAAAUAAUUCGUCUCUGGAAUUAAGUACUCAAAACGCAUGUCAUUGUCCACAGGAGUGGCUCAUAUAUUCCAACAGCUGUUACUACAUUAGCAAUGAAACAAAACCGUGGAAUGAGAGUUCAAAGGACUGUAUUUCCAAGAAGUCUAAGCUGCUUUAUAUAGACAGUGAAGAAGAAAUGAAUAUAUUUGUGGCUUUUAAUAUCCUGCCUUGGAGUGGACCCUCCAACAAAACCAAUGAUGGUGUACAGAUAUCGUCAGGUGGCUCAGUUUUUUCGUCCAAGUCGUAA